AUGGAUGCGAUAGACUCCACUGAUCCAUACAGCCGACCAGCGCGCAGGACACAAUGGAUCGUCAGCACUCUGGCUUACCAUUACGGACUGGACCGGGGAGUGGAGAACGAAAUUAUAGUUUUGGCCACCGGGCUGGAUCAGUAUCUACAGGAGAUUUUCCAUCAUAUGGACUAUCAAGGUGGAGGCAAAAUCCCCUUGGAAGACUUUAACAUCUUGUGUGAAGUUUUAGGACUGAACAAAGACUCGGAGGAAACAGAAUGCGCCGGUGUUUUAGACAAUUUACCCGGCGAGCUCACCUUCAGACACUUCCAUGCCAAACUGUGCGGAUACUUCAGCACCAAGGCGGGGUGUCAGUAUGAGAAUGGCCGGCUGCUGGUCGGGAAGGACAGCGAGCAUAUAGAGACUCAGAUCCGCCUGAGAAGCCCUCUGAAGCGGCGAGAGAAGCUGCUGUCUGUGGGCGUGAGCGGCGGCUCCUGUCCCUCUGUGGAGGGACGGCACGCCUCCGGCUGUAGGGUCGGCUCCUGCACCAAGGAGUGCUAUGAGGAGAUAGUGGCACUGGAAGAAGCAGAGGACCGAAUAACGAAACUGGAAGAUGAGAAUGCAAGUUUGAGGGAGCUGAUUGAGGACAUGCGAGCCGCACUUCAGAGCAGUGAUGCACGCUGUCUGGCUCUGCAGGUAGGACUAUGGAAAAGCCACUCCAAACACAAACCAGAAGAAGGCUGUUUUGUUGCCCACCAGAAACAGGCUGCCCAGAAAAGUAUGAGCAACGGCAACCUGAAAAGCAGUACCUACAGCAACCUGAAGGGCCUGCAGAGCAUCAUCCACGAGAUAGAGCUGCUGCAGAGCUCCAGGGACCGACAGGUCGAGGAGGCUAUGCUGUAUAAUCAGAGACUUGAGCAGGAGUUGUGGAGCUCUAAAGAGACUGUAGCCGCUCUGGAGGACUGCAACCGAACUCUGAAGAGGGAGCAGGUGGGCAUGAGGAGGAAAGUGGAGGAGGCCCGGCAGGCGCUGUUCAGUGGGCUGGGUAAAGUGAAGGAAUUGGAAGCCAAGGCCAGUCAUGUGCCAACGCUGCAGAGACACAUCCUCCAACUGGAAUCAGAGCUCCUCUACUACAGGUCAGAGGUGUCAAAACUACAACUCCCAAGCAGUACCAGGGCAGAGCAGCAGCUGAGUGUUGGCAGCAGGUCGGGCCAGAGAUGCUGCUUGGAUUCUCAACACGACCGCUGCUCCCCAACAGGGCGUGCUGUGACGACCCCAGACAAAAUGGAGGAGCAGCUGUUUCGUUCGGUGGAGGGCCAGGCCGCCUCUGACGAGGAGGAGGACAAAUGGACCGAAGACCAACAGAGGCAGGUGGACGAGGUGAAGAGGAUCUUGACCAGGCUGUCCUGCUGUGGGGAAAGGUGUGACGACAAGGCAUUCAAGAAGCUAAUGUCCAAUUUCGGGAGCUCAAGGAGCGAGGAGAGCUGCAGCGCUGUGGUGGAGCUCCUGGAGAGGGUGACCAGGUUGCAUAAGCAGCUGGAGCUUAAGGAGAGCCAGGCAGAGAUAGACAUGGACCAGAUGAAGGAUUCUUUGGUCCAGGAGCUUCAGCAGAAGGCCGAGGAGACAGAGCUGCUUCAGAUGGAGCUGCAAAUGUUGGAGACGGAGAGGGUUCGUCUGUCACUGGUGGAGGAGAAACUUGUGGACAUCCUGCAGCUCCUGCAGCAGCUCAGAGAACUGAACGUCUCGCGGAGGUCUCUCGGGAAAAUCUUGCUCAGCACUUUGGAGUCUUGCAGCGACCCACAACACGGAAAAGCCCACAUUCUGGAGGUGCUCAACGCUCUCUAUCAUGAACUGGCUGCCUGUGAGAUUCUGUCGACUGGUGGACCUCUGGAGCGAACACAGAGUCAGCAGUCUCUGAAUGCUCUCAUCAUCUCCUGCUAAACAAGACUGCCACCUGCUGGGAUGCUGUUCCAACAGCCUGUUUAAAGAUGCCGGAAACUUUACCAGUGGUCCAGAAACAGGCUGAUUGAUGUGUAUAGUGUAUUAUAUUGUAGCUUAUAUACUCCUCAGACCUUAUCAUCUAUAAAGGAAUAUUAGUCUAGAAUGUUAAUUAUUGUAGUGAAGGGCUUUAUUACAUAUGAGGUAAAUUCUUGCUUAAACAUGUUUUUUCAAGAGCUUUUAUUGCACUUAACUCUUUCAUGAUCUAUACGGAUUUUUUAUUUUUCCACAACAGAGUUCUGAAUGUGAAAAUGUUGAAAUAAGCUAAACUUUAAAGGGGCAUGAAGUAGUCUGUGAAAUGUAUCAACUUCCACUUGGAAUUAUAACAUGCCUGAUAGGGCUUAAAGGAAGCUGCAUCUCAAUGUAUGUGCUUCAUUCAUCGACAUCUCAUGAUAAAAUGUAUCAUAACAGGUUUACAAGGCUUUGUCAGUACAAACACAUCUUCAAAGCACACUAAGAAAUGCAGCCUAUUUUUGACAACACACAAUUAGUGUUCUUUCAAGU